CGUGGCGAGACCCAGGCCCCGCCCCUCGGCUGCUGCAGCUGGUUCCGGCCCGGUCACUCACGGUCCCGCCUCGCUGCCGGAGCGUCCGGAGGACCGCUCAACCGGAGGAGCGCCGAGUCGGCCAGGGUCCUUGGUAGCAGCCGGCUGUGUGAUCGCGGAGCCCCACUGUGAGCGGGACACGUGACCAUCAAUAACCAUGAAGAACCCAUUUGCACACCUUGCUGAACCCUUGGACCCUGCACAACCAGGAAAGAGAUUCUUCAAUUUGAAGAAAUUGGAAGACUCACGAUAUGGGCGCCUGCCGUUUUCCAUCAGAGUUCUCCUGGAGGCCGCCAUUCGGAACUGCGAUGAGUUUCUGGUGAAGAAGAAUGACAUUGAAAACAUCCUGAACUGGAAUGUCAUGCAGCACAAGAACAUAGAAGUGCCCUUUAAACCCGCCCGCGUCAUCCUGCAAGACUUCACGGGUGUGCCAGCUGUGGUUGACUUUGCAGCUAUGCGUGAUGCUGUGAAGAAGCUGGGGGGAAAUCCAGAGAAGAUAAACCCUGUGUGUCCCGCUGACCUUGUAAUUGAUCACUCCAUCCAGGUGGAUUUCAACAGAAGGACAGACAGUUUACAGAAGAAUCAAGACCUGGAAUUUGAAAGAAAUAGAGAACGGUUUGAAUUCUUAAAGUGGGGUUCCCAGGCCUUUUGCAAUAUGCGGAUUAUUCCUCCUGGCUCGGGAAUCAUUCACCAGGUGAAUUUGGAGUAUUUGGCAAGAGUAGUGUUUGAUCAGGAUGGAUGUUAUUACCCAGACAGCCUCGUGGGCACAGAUUCACACACUACCAUGAUUGACGGUCUAGGAGUCCUUGGCUGGGGUGUAGGUGGCAUCGAAGCAGAAGCUGUCAUGCUGGGUCAGCCCAUCAGCAUGGUGCUUCCCCAGGUGAUUGGCUACAGGCUGAUGGGAAAGCCCCACCCUCUGGUAACGUCCACGGACAUCGUGCUCACCAUUACCAAGCACCUCCGGCAAGUUGGUGUUGUGGGCAAAUUUGUGGAGUUUUUCGGGCCAGGAGUAGCCCAGCUGUCCAUCGCUGACCGAGCUACAAUUGCCAACAUGUGCCCAGAGUACGGUGCGACCGCGGCCUUCUUCCCAGUGGAUGAAGUCAGCAUUGCGUACCUGCUGCAGACAGGUCGCGAGGAGGACAGAGUAAAGCACAUUAAGAAGUAUCUGCAGGCUGUAGGCAUGUUUCGAGACUUCAGUGACCCCUCUCAAGACCCAGACUUCACUCAGGUUGUGGAGUUAGAUUUGAAAACAGUUGUGCCUUGCUGCAGUGGACCGAAAAGACCCCAGGACAAAGUUGCUGUGUCUGACAUGAAAAAGGACUUUGAAAGUUGCCUCGGAGCCAAGCAAGGAUUUAAAGGUUUUCAGGUUGCUCCAGACCGUCACAAUGACCAGAAGACAUUUAUCUACAAUAACAGUGAAUUCACUCUUACUCAUGGCUCUGUGGUCAUUGCUGCCAUCACUAGCUGCACAAACACCAGCAAUCCAUCCGUGAUGUUAGGAGCAGGACUGCUAGCAAAGAAAGCUGUGGAGGCGGGACUGAAUGUGAAGCCCUACGUUAAAACUAGCCUGUCUCCUGGAAGUGGCGUGGUCACCUACUACCUUCGAGAGAGUGGAGUCAUGCCUUAUCUGUCCCAGCUAGGGUUUGACGUGGUGGGCUAUGGCUGCAUGACCUGCAUUGGCAACAGCGGACCCCUUCCUGAGCCUGUGGUGGAGGCCAUCACUCAGGGAGACCUCGUAGCUGUUGGAGUGCUUUCUGGGAACAGGAACUUUGAAGGCCGAGUCCAUCCUAACACCCGGGCCAACUACUUAGCGUCUCCCCCGUUGGUAAUAGCGUACGCAAUCGCAGGGACCAUCAGGAUUGACUUUGAGAAAGAGCCUUUGGGAGUGAAUGCACAAGGCCAGCAAGUAUUUCUGAAGGAUAUCUGGCCAACCCGAGAUGAGAUCCAGGCGGUGGAACGGCAGUAUGUCAUCCCUGGGAUGUUUAAGGAGGUCUAUCAGAAAAUAGAGACUGUAAACAAAAGCUGGAACGCCUUAGCGGCCCCCUCAGACAAACUAUACACAUGGAACCCCAAAUCUACAUACAUUAAGUCACCGCCCUUCUUCGAAAACUUGACUCGAGAUCUCCAGCCACCCAAGUCCAUAGUGGAUGCCUAUGUGCUUCUGAAUUUAGGAGACUCGGUCACAACAGACCAUAUCUCUCCGGCGGGGAAUAUUGCGAGAAACAGUCCUGCUGCUCGCUACUUGACCAACAGAGGCCUGACGCCCCGAGAGUUCAACUCUUACGGCUCCCGCCGAGGAAAUGACGCCAUCAUGGCACGGGGGACCUUCGCCAACAUUCGCCUGCUGAACAAGUUUCUGAACAAGCAGGCUCCUCAGACUGUGCAUCUUCCUUCAGGAGAAACCCUUGAUGUGUUUGAUGCUGCUGAGCGGUACCAGCAGGCUGGACUUCCCCUGAUUGUUCUGGCUGGCAAAGAAUACGGUUCAGGCAGCUCCCGAGACUGGGCAGCCAAAGGCCCUUUCCUGCUGGGAAUCAAAGCUGUCCUGGCAGAGAGCUAUGAGCGCAUUCACCGCAGCAACCUGGUCGGGAUGGGGGUGAUCCCCCUUGAGUAUCUGCCCGGUGAGACUGCAGACUCGCUGGGACUCACGGGUCGGGAACGGUACACUAUCGACAUUCCUGAAACCCUUAAGCCGCGCAUGAAGGUUCAGAUAAAGCUGGACACUGGGAAGACCUUCCAGGCUGUGAUGAGGUUCGACACUGACGUGGAGCUCACUUACUUCCGGAACGGAGGCAUCCUGAACUACAUGAUCCGCAAGAUGGCCCAGUAGGAGCUGGUCUCCCAGGAGACCUGCCCCGUGGGUGCCAGAGACAGCGAGGUACCAAGCCCCAGCAGCUGAGGCCUGGUAAAGCAGCCACCUCUACCUCAUAUGAGGGGAGUGCCAAGAUGAGCAAGUGGGCUCUGCCAAUGCUGGAGGCACCGGGCCAGGACUUUCUACAUUCUUGCUUUGUUCAUCUUUUUAUCCUUUUCUAUAAUUUGGAAUCUAGAAUCAUGGGAAGGUCGGUAGUACCGAAAAGAGAACUAGCUUGUCUCUAAGUUACUGAUCACCGGACAUUGAUUUUUUUCACUCUGACUAAUCAUCAACUGAACACUAGCCAGUAUUCUUAGAAGUAUCUUCUAGCCUUUUUACUGUUCUUCUCUGCUCAGUGAACCUUUCCUCAGAGAGCCCGUUCCUCUAUACUUUACACCAGUGUUAACUGACAUAGGUAAGAACUUCUUCACACUUCAGAUCAUAGCAGUGAUGUCUUCCCCUCCUUCUAGGUGAGCAGAACCCUGGUGGGUAGGUCAGCCAUCAAAGGGGUUUAUGUACAUUUCAAUCAAUGUGAGAAAUCGUCUUGACCAUUUUCAACAUUUGUUGAGAGGGGGGCCUUUGUCUGAAAGUAACUGGGGAGAGAGACAGGAUUUCUAAUUUGAAUAAGAUUAAAUAUAUUUUCAUGAAAAUCUGUCGGCUUUAGAAUUGAGUUCUGUUGGGAAUGUGACCACAGUGCUAUGACCCGGAGAGCCAUAUGAGCCCUGAGACGCCUUCAUAUCUGCUCCUUCCACCACUGUUUCUGGACCGCAGACACCAAGGGACUGUCAAGGAGCCAGUGUGUGAGCUGCCUGUUGAGAGCAACGGGAAAGAAGAAGGGUCCUUCUUCCUUGGUUGCAGCCCCAGCAAGGAGCAAACCGUGGCCUCUGGGUGCCCUAAAAUCUGUUCACUCAUUUUCACAGCGGGGAUUAUUUCGUGGUGUGCCAUAGACUAUGAAUCAUCCAUCCCCAUCCUGUUCGAGAACAUGUGGGAGCUUGCACAUGCAUAUGCACACACACGCACAUGUGCACACAAACACACACACCUUCUCUGGAAGCUGGCUUGCUGCCGUUUGCUUGGCUCUCAGUGUGAGCCUGGUUUCUUUGGAUGAGAACUAGAGCUGAGGAUGUUACUAUGCUAUGCAUGGCCUGACCCCUGAGCCUGGAUUCCAGACUAGCCAGUGCUUCUGUUAUGGAUUACAAUUUCCACUGGGGGAGGGGUUGCCUUGUGCCUCUGUGGCAGUUUGAAUGCAAUUGGCCCCCAUAAUUCCAGAGGGAGUGGCACUAUUAGGAGGCGUGGCUUUGUUAGAGUGGGCGUGGACUUGUUGGAGGAGGAAAUCUAUCACUGUGGGUGUAGUGUGAAUUCGAAUUGGUUUUAAUAAUAAAAACUGGAGUCAGAUACUGCGGUGAAGACUGAAAGAUCAGAGAAGUAAAGCAGCCAGCCCCUAGUUCUUACCACUCCAAAAUCCUCAGACCCAAGGGGGCAAGAUCCUGUCUCUAUGGAUCCUCAGACUGAAUGCGAUGAGUCCCUGUCUCCUCCUGCCCAACCAAUCCUUUCCUGUCUCCACCUCCCUAGUGCUGGGAUUAAAGGUGUGAGCCACCACCAGCUGACUCUGUUUCUCUUUAAGACUAGAUCAGUAGCCCAGGGUGGCCUUGAAUUUACAGAGACCCACUGGCUCUGAGUGCUGGGAUUAAAGGUGUGUCCACUGCCUGGCCUCUAUGGCUAACUAGUGGCUUAGCUCCGAACUCUUCAGGCAAGCUUUAUUUGUUAGGUCACAAACAAAACAUUACCACACUGGGGGUGGCCUUUGAGUUCUCUUUCUCAAGCUUCCCUCCAUGUGCACAACCUCCUGUUGCCUCUGAAUCAAGACAUAGAACUCUCAGCACCAGCGCUGCAUCUGCCUGCAGGCCACAGUGUUCCCCAUCCUAACAGUAGCAGACCUCUAAAACUGCAAGUGAGCCACCUCGAUUAAAUGCUUUUAUUUGCCAGGCGGUGGUGGCGCAUGCCUUUAAUCCCAGCACUAGGGAGGCAGAGGCAGGCGGAUCUCUGAGUUCAAGGCCAACCUGGUCUACAACAGCUAGUUCCAGGACAG